AUGCUUUGCUGUUCAAAUGCAAAAAAAAUAAAAUCAUCACAAUAAUAAAAUGCUAUUAAUUUACAAGUCCAUUUAAAUUAACAAGUAUUUAUGCUAAUAAUUCUAGGAAGAAUCUCUUAAUAUAAAUGAUGAGGCUUGCACAUAUCAUACUACAAUAUAAGUUCAGCAAUUUAAAACUAUAUAGAUAUAUAAAAUGACAUUAGACCAUUAAACCAUAAGGUAUUGCAUUAAUAAAUAAAAUUUAGUAGAUCCAAUAGUAGUGGAAACAAUGAUCAUGUUGCCUAAUUUGUAUUUGUUAAACCAAUUAGAAAAACACCUUUUAUUACUUUUAGAAAAAGAGGAACUGAUUCUUCAACCAAAUAUCUAUCAACUAAACAAGGAUAUACUCUACUUGUUACACAUCUUUCGAAUUGA